AUGCCAUCUGAUAAGAGCGUAGGAGUCUGCGAUGACUCUUUCAACACUUUUUUCUCUGAAACCGGCUCUGGAAAACACGUUCCCCGCACUGUUUUUGUCGAUUUAGAACCUACCGUCGUAGAUGAAGUCCGUAACGGUACCUAUCGUCAGCUCUUUCAUCCCGAGCAACUUAUCACUGGCAAGGAAGAUGCAGCCAACAACUACGCUCGCGGUCACUAUACCAUUGGAAAAGAACUCGUUGAUGCAGUAUUGGAUCGAAUCAGAAAACUUGCUGACAACUGUACCGGCUUGCAAGGAUUUUUAGUAUUCCACUCCUUUGGAGGAGGCACGGGAUCCGGCUUUGGAGCACUGCUAUUGGAGAGGUUAUCGGUCGACUAUGGCAAGAAAUCGAAAUUAGAGUUUUCUGUUUAUCCAGCUCCUCAAGUAUCUACCGCUGUAGUCGAGCCCUACAAUUCCAUUCUCACGACACAUACGACUCUCGAGCAUUCAGACUGUGCAUUCAUGGUCGACAACGAGGCUAUCUAUGAUAUUUGCCGACGUAAUCUUGAUAUUGAACGUCCAACAUAUACCAACCUCAAUCGACUCAUUGCUCAAGUAGUCUCCUCCAUCACGGCUUCUCUGCGUUUCGACGGUUCACUCAAUGUCGACUUGACUGAAUUCCAGACCAACCUUGUCCCAUAUCCUCGUAUUCAUUUCCCCCUGGUCACCUAUGCACCGGUAAUUUCUGCCGCGAAAGCUUAUCACGAACAACUCACUGUGGCCGAGAUCACAUACUCUUGCUUCGAACCCAACAACCAGAUGGUCAAAUGCGAUCCACGACAUGGAAAAUAUAUGGCCUGUUGUCUCUUAUACCGAGGUGAC